GAAGUGCUAUAAAAGCUCUUGGGAACUAAUGUCCCAUCAACGUAUUCACUCUGAUGAGAAACCGUUCAGGUGCUCUCAGUGUGGAAUAGGGUUCAAGCGAUCAUCUCAACUCACUGUACACCAGCGAGUUCACACCGACAAGAGACCGUUUAAAUGUCCAGACUGUGGGAAGUGCUACAAAAGUUCUGCAGAACUGAUGUCCCAUCAACGCGUUCACACUGACGAGAGACCCUUCAGAUGCUCUCACUGUAGAACUGGCUUCAAGCACUCGUCUCAACUCACUGUCCACCAACGAAUUCACACUGGGGAGAGACCUUUUAAGUGUCCCGACUGUGGGAAGUGUUUCAACAGGGCUGAUGGACUGACAUCCCAUCGACGUGUUCACACUGACGAGAGGCCAUUCAGAUGCUCUGACUGUGGGACUGGGUUCAAGCGUUCAUCUCAACUCAUUAUCCACCAGCGAAUUCACACUGGGGAGAAACCAUUCACCUGUUCCGAGUGUGGGAAAGGAUUCACCCGGUCAUCGCACCUGCUAACUCACCAGCGAGUUCACACUGGGGAGAGGCCUUUCUCCUGCUCAGUGUGUGGGAAGACAUUCACUCAGUCGUGCCACCUGCUGACACACCAGCGGGUUCACACUGAUGAGAGACCAUUCAUCUGUACCUAUUGUGGAAAGAGUUUCAGGCAUUCAGGCAGUGUCAAUGAACACCAGCGAAUCCAUACUGGGGAGAGGCCAUUUCUCUGCUCCAAAUGUGGGAAGGGAUUCACUCAGUUAUCUCACUUGCUGACACACCAGCGGGUUCACACUGAUGACAGACCCUUCGUCUGCCCUCGCUGUGGAAGGAGUUUCAGGCAUUCCGGUAGCCUCAUUUCACACCAGCGAGUUCACACCGGGGAGCAGCCAUUCACCUGCUCUAUGUGUGGAAAAGGAUUCACACAGUCAGCAAACCUGGCGAUCCACCAGCAAGUUCACAAACUGAAACCAAACACCACAUCAGCAUUUGAUGGACUUAUCCAAUUUGCUGCACUUGAAAAUCAUCAGGUUAUGAACAUGGAAAGAAAUGACACCAUCCACAGUGCAGAGAAACCACACACGUGUUCUCGAUGUGGACAGGGUUUCAGCCGAUCAUCUGGCCUGUCAAAACACAAGCACAGUCAUACUGGGGAGAAACCAUGGAAAUGUGGGCACUGUGGGAAGGGAUUCAGUUACCCUUCUGAGCUGGAAACUCACCAGCGCAGUCACAUUGGGGAGAGGCCAUUCACCUGCUCUGAAUGCGGGAAAGGAUUCAUUCGGUCCUCCCACUUGAUGAGACACCAGCGCACUCACACUGGGGAGAGGCCAUUCAUCUGCUCUGAGUGCGGAGAGAAAUUCACUCUGCAUUCCAACUUCAUGAUUCACUGCCAAAUUCAUAGCGGACGAAUACCUUUCACCUGCUCUGUGGAUGGGCAGCCAUUCAUUGAUUCAGCUACCCUGCAAAACCAACCUGUUCACACUUUUGAGAGACCUUUCAAAUGUCUAGACUGUGGGACGUGCUGUCAAAGUUCUGUGGAACUGAUGACCCAUCAGCGCGUUCACACUGAUAAAAGACCAUUCAGAUGCUCUUACUGCGGGACUGGGUUCAAGCACUCAUCUCAACUCAUCGUACAUGAGCGACUUCACACUGGGGAGAGACCUUUUAAAUGCACAGACUGCGGGAAGUGCUACAAAAGUUCUGGGGAACUGAUGUCCCAUCAACGGGUUCACACUGACGAGAGACCGUUCAGAUGCUUGCAUUGUGGGACUGGCUUCAAGCACUCAUCUCAACUCACUGCACACCAGCGAAUUCACACGGGAGAGAGGCCUUUCACCUGCUCUGAGUGUGGGAAGGGAUUUGCUCAAUCAGCUGAUCUGCUGACUCACCAGCGGGUUCACACUGGGGAGAGGCCUUUCACCUGCUCUGAAUGUGGGAAAGGAUUCACUCGCUCCUCACACCUGGUGACACACCAGCGGGUUCACACCGGGGAGCGGCCGUUCACCUGCUCCGAGUGUGGGAAGAAAUUCACUCAGCUAGCCCACCUGCUGACACACCAGCGAGUUCACAAUGGAGAGAGACCUUUUCAGUGCCCAGACUGUGGGAAGUGCUAUAAAAGCUCUUGGGAACUAAUGUCCCAU